AUGAUCAUGGAUCUGUUGAACUGUUUCGGCGGACAAGUCUUUUGUACAAGCGGUGUAGCCUCGCUAAUGGGACUAAGGUUUUCCUUGUCCUCGAUUGGACCUACGCCCACGGAUGGAGGAGGCAUGGGGGUCUGUGUAGCAGCAAGGAAUGAGGGUGUUUUGAUUAGGAGACUGGAGGACAGCGUGCCUAGCGGCUCUCUUUGCAUGACUGGGGUAUCUGGCAGAGCCCAUUUAGGGGGCGGAACAGCCGGUGUAUGCGAGACGGGUGCCGCUGACCGUGCAGUCAUAGGUGUGUUCAGAGCGCUCCUAUUCGGCCUCGGCGUGUGUCCGGGCACAUGCGUGAGAUCUACCAGAUAA